AUGGAUGACUUACCAAAUAAUAAUAACAACAAUAUUCCUGAUGAGCCCCAGAAUUCGUACGAUACACCCUUAUUAUCUUCAUCUCACUUCUCUACUAACUAUUCCUCUCAGGAAUCAUCCACUAAAUUAAAUGAUAACCAUAGUACCUCUACUACUACAACCACCAAUAACUAUAACAACAAUGAUAUGAAUUUGACAAACCAUAUAGAUCAGGUGCAAAAUUGGAUACGUCCACGUAGCAACACAAUCUCCUCAAUAAUAAGUGAAUAUCAAAUAAUAAAAGAACAUAUGGAUAAAAAAAAAUUUAUAAUCUUAAUUUUCAUCAGUUUGACCAUAUAUCUUGGGUUCUUGACAUUAUUUGCUCCAAGAACAUCCCUUUCAAGAGAUCUUAGGAGAUGGCAUUCAUCAAAAUUUACUACAGCUGAAGUCUACAGGAUAUUUUUAAACAAUUUGCAGGAAGAAAAUCUAGCAGAAAAUCACAUUAGUAAUUUAACUAAAUCUGGGAACGCUUUAACUUAUGAUAAAUAUCUUAUUGAUACCUUAAAAAAUAUGGGGUUUUCGCCGUAUUUUGAAAAUUAUUAUCCCUGGAUCAGUAAUCCUGUAGAUACUCAGGUGAAAUUAAUUCAAAAUGACAAAAUUAUCUGGAAUGCCACUUUGAUUGAAGAUACUGUAUUCAAUAAAACCCAACUAAACACAUUAAAGGGGUUUAAUUCAUUUGCACCAAAUGGGAAUGUUACAUCUCAGUUUGUUUAUUGUAAUUAUGGUACUUUAAAUGACUAUAAAUUUUUAAUUGAUAACAAUAUUGAUAUUGAGGGAAAGAUCCAUAUAAUUAAAUAUGGCUAUUUGAAUAGUGGCUUAAAAGUUAGAAAUGCUGAACUAUAUGGUGCAACAAGUGUAAUUUUUUUCAAUGAUCCAGUAGAUGACGGUUUUGUAACUACUAAAAAUGGUUAUCUACCGUUCCCAGAUGGACCAGCUAGAAAUCCAAGUGCCAUUGAACGUGCCACAGUCGAAUAUUAUACAGAUUUCCCCGGUGAUCCAACAACUCCCAAUUAUCCAUCUAAGUACCCUUACACUGAAAGACUGUCACCUGUUGGGAAAUUACCAAGAAUCCCAUCUAUUCCAUUAAGUGUCAAAGAUAUUACACCAAUUCUACAGCAAAUAAAUAAUACUGGAAUUCAAUGGAGAGAGAAUGGUAAUAUCCAAAAUUUCGAUUACUCAUCAGGUCCAUCAACUAACAAAACAGUUAUACAAUUAGUUAAUAAACAAAAUACUUCAAUUGUUGAAAUACGUAACAUUAUAUUACAAAUUCCUGGGAUAUUUCAACAUGGAGAAAUCAUUAUUGGAGCAAGUAGAGACUCUACAUCAUCCAUAAUAUGUGCUACGACUGCCUCAAAUAAUGCCAUUUUAUUAGAAAUAGCAAGAGGAUUUAAGUACCUCUUAGAUGAAGGUUGGAAACCUUUGAGGCCUAUUAAAUUAAUUAUUUGGGAUGGAGAAAAUAAUGGACUAAUAGGUUCAACCGAAUUUAUUGAUGAACAUGGUUACAAUCUAGGAAAGUCUGCCCUUGCGUAUUUAAAUUUGGAUAAUAAUGCUAUAGCAGGUUCUUCUUUCACUUGUAAAUCGAAUCCAUUGCUACACCACAUAAUCAGAUACGCCUCAAAAUUUAUAAAUUUUAAAGGACUAGAUGAUGUAACUUUGUAUGAUGAAUGGAAAAUGAAUUCAAAUAGUAAAUUUAAACUACUUGAUGGCACGUCUGACUAUGUGCCAUUCCAGUAUCAUUUAGCUAUUCCGUCUGCUAGUUUUAGUUUUCAAAGAAACUCUUCGAAAGAUGAUCCAGUAACAGUGACCCAUUCAUUAUAUGAUAAUAUGGAUUUCCUUGCUACAUAUGUAGAUCCAAAUUUUGAACUGCACAGCAAUAUGGCAUCUAUGGUAGGCUUAAUUGCUUUAAUGCUCAGUGAGAAUGAACUUCAUAUGUUCAAGACACAUAACUAUUUCAAAGUCAUUUAUGGUGAAUAUGAAAGACUGUAUGGACAAAUACUUAAGAUGUUCCCACAUGAUAAACAGUUACAUAUUAUGGCUGUUUCAUUGGAAAGGGAGAUUUUUGCUUUGGCAUGGCGUCAUAGUAGAAUAUUUGAUAGAAAAAAUUAUGAAAUAUCCAUGCAAUGUAAGCAAGACUAUCCAAUAUGGUCCUUUCUGACAAAAUUAAAGUUAUAUUUGAGGUUAUUAAGAGCAAAUGAUAAAUUGAAACAAUUAGAUGCUAUGUUCCUUAGCAAAACUGGACUAUUGGGGCGACCUUGGUUUAAGCAUUCUUUAUUUGCAUCAAAUAAAAGUACAGGUAUUGAGGGAGUUAUACUUCCAAGUAUACAUGAGGCUAUUACUGAAUUAGAUAGAGAAAAUCUUCUAGAACAGGUAAAUGCUUUGUUGCUACAAGUGAAUAAUGCCAGAUCUAUUAUGAACUGA